UUGGAUUAUCUCUUUUCUUGUUUUUCAAGCAUGGAUAUGCGGCUGCAUCAAUUUGGAACCUUUGGAUAACUAGAAACAAACCACUUUUUGAAAAUAACCUCUUUUAAGUGACUACAAAGACAGUGGUGGAUGCAAAAGAUUAGAAAACAGUUAAUUCUAUCACCAAAAGCCUUUUUCUCGUGGCCAAAACUCCACCAGUUGCUUAUGUUAGGAAUUUUCUGACUUGUUAGAUAUAUUGAAUGUGGAAUGAUACAUUAAAAUGUGGAGGUUUUGGGUGGGUUAUUCGAUGAAUAAUUUAGUUCUAGCAGUAGAAGCUUUAGCGGUACGGAAUAUUCUUCAAUCAGAAAAGACGGUUGGAUUUUCAAAUUCUCAAAAACUUCCGGACUUGGACGUCCUUGUCUCUCACAUGUGUUCAGGGUAAGAGCUGAACGAGAUUGCAAGUAUUCUCCACAAUAUUAGUAAUUUGCUAAUUUCUUCACUCUUUUAUCUUCUAAUUUUAUUCUACGUACGCACGGUGUUUAGCCGAUGCACUUGCGAAGAAUGCUCUAGCUAAACUCUUUUUCAAUCACUCUCCUUUGAGUGUUUAUAAAAUGGACGCUUUGACCUAAAAAUGUCUGUUGAACUUUCUAACUUUUUGAGAAAGCAUGCAUGCAUGCCCUUGGUGCUCCUAACGGUCCUAACCAUUUUAUGUGGUGCAAACUCAUUUCUCCAUUGGUCAAACCUCAUAUUUCAACAUUUAUAUGAUUUUAAUAUAUAUAUAUAUAUAUAUAUAUAUAUAUAUAUUCAAAUAAUCAUGAUACAUAUUUGUAUCUUUAAAUGUUAAUUUUAGAUAGUGUAUGUUUAAUUCUAUAAUUUGUAGUACUUUAUAAGCGCUAAUUGAUUGAAUAACGCCAAAUUUGAAUUCAAAUUGGAAGACCAUUAACUAAAUAACGGACUAUAUUUUUGACUAAAAUUCUUAAUCAUUGAUUCAUUAAGACACCGUUGUUAUACUAAUAAUAAAAUCACCGAAAAGCAGUUAAUUAGCUCAAAACACAUGCAUCAAAAAGAAAGAAAACUUGAUUACUUUGCUUGCAAGCUUAAUGGCAAAGGCUUAUAAAGAAUGAUUUCUUCUUUGCAUUAGAAGGUUUUCUUUAUUACAGUACAUGUUAUUUAUUAAUUAGUAUUCAAUUUUGUACUUUUUUGUUGUUGUACAUUUCUUUCAUACGGAAGAUUCGAGAAAUUAUUUUUUAUCGAAAAUGUACAAAUACAAUACAAAUACAAAAUCAAAGUUGCAUGAUCCGAACAAUAAUCGAGAGAGAUCGUCCUGAUACGUUUUCCUAUUCGAUCUUCUUUUUUCUGCCCUCCCAGAAUAUCCAAAGAUUACUUUCACCACUAAGGAUAUUAUUUGACUAUUCUUAGAAAAACAAUAAUAUAAAAACUCAAUCACUUUUGAUUUUAUUUUGCCCGAAAACUUUAUUACCAAGGAUUUCAUUUUAUUUUAUAUAUGGUUUUGCCAGAUUUGAAUAUGACUCUUUGGAAACAGAAUAAACAAAUAAUUCUCUACGUACAUGCAAAAUCUCACAGAUAUGCAAAGAUCUCUCUCGAUAUCAUAAUUUCCCUCUCUUUUUUUCUUUUUCCACUCUUCCUUAUAAAUCCCUAACCUCCACUCCAAAUCCUCCAUCACGUUUGCAAAAUCAUAUAUACACUCAUAUUCUCUCUCCCUAUCCCUUGAGAUCCUUUUGUUUCCAGAGAUCGUUGAUAUGGCGGAGGUUAUGCGUUCUGAGACGUUAAACAUAUCCAACAACACUUCUUCCUUAGCAUCGCCGGAGCUUCUUCAUGUUCUCGCCGUUGACGAUAGCAUCGUCGAUCGGAAGUUCAUCGAACGGCUACUCAGAGUCUCUUCGUGUAAAGUUACUGUUGUCGAUAGCGCGACAAGAGCUUUGCAAUACCUUGGAUUAGAUGGAGACAACAACUCGGUUGGAUUUGAGGAUCUCAAGAUUAAUCUGAUAAUGACGGAUUACUCUAUGCCUGGGAUGACUGGAUAUGAACUACUCAAGAAGAUCAAAGAAUCAUCAGCUUUCAGAGAAAUUCCAGUUGUCAUUAUGUCCUCAGAGAACAUCUUGCCUCGUAUUGAUAGAUGUCUUGAAGAAGGUGCUGAAGAUUUCUUACUGAAGCCUGUGAAAUUGGCUGAUGUGAAAAGAUUAAGAGAUUCUUUGCUGAAAGCUGAGGAAAGAGUUUUCAAGAACAUUAUGCACAAAAGAGAGCUAGAAGCUAAUGAUAUCUUCUCACAGCUAAAACGCGCAAAGAUCUGAGUUUUUCUUUUCAUAUUCCAUGAUAUGAUCUUUAAAAAGCUCCUGUAUAAAAAGGCUCAAAACGAUUCACACACACUUAAGCAUGUUCUGAUUCUUUCGGCUUACGUUUUUGGAACUUUUACAGCCUUUUUGCUGAUAGAACCAGUGAGGACUGAUGAAGGUUUUUCUCUCAUCAAAUAGAAAUGUAAAUUUUAGACCGAAGGAAAUUGAGAUUCAUUAGAGAUGACAUACUUUUUUUUCUUUCUUUGCAUUAGAUAUGUACAAUGUUGUUAAUCGUGGAAAUUUACUACUAGGAACUUUGUGCUU